GAUGAAGCCAGUUGUCUUGUUGAGUGUCUCCCGGGUGCUGCUAUGUCAAGCAAGUGCUGGAGACAGUGCCUUAAGUGUCAGACAGUGCCACAGAGGCCACUUGUGAGGCUGGUUACUGGAGAGAGGUAACCUCUGCCCUCUUCUACUUCCUCCACAGUGUGUCUUCAAUUUCCCUGUGGUAUUUUUAAGCACACUGUCGUAGUCUUGCUAAUAAUCGUCAUCUGCGUCUCCAGAGCAUUUCAGUUGCUGACAGUUCUUACUAGUGACUUGCGGUAGCUGAGGAAAGGGGCUGCUGUAAACAUUCAACAUACAAACCCGUCUGUUGGAAAUUAGGAAUAGGAGCGAAUAUCAGAGUGACCUGAGGGUGAGAACGUACCUCAAACCACACAGCCAGGGGGCCUUGUUGUUACAUGCUCCACCAUAGUUAGGGGUUGUCUGCAUAAUAGCACUUCAAGGAGACUCCAAGAGACGCAAAACAUCUCAGGAUGGCCAAACGAGCCUUUCAAUCCAUCAUCAGACGCAAAAGGAAGGGCCAGUCCGACCUCGGGAUAAUUGCUGGUCUUUCCGACACCAAGGAGGAAGAAGACGUCGUGGUGCUGAGGAAUCGCAAGUCACAACAGUCUGAUGGAUCAUGUCAUAACGACGACAACAAGCGGUUCACCAUUAAUCUUGGCGUGGAAGAUCUCCCUACCGUACCCCGGCCAGAGUCAAUAGCCAAGUUCCACACUGAUGACGAGGUUGGAAUCGCUGCCAGAAAAAGUAGUCUCCGUCUCUGCUCCACUUCGGGUGAUGACCAAGACUUCUCACCGUUCCUCUUGCGAGAAUACCUCAUCAAGGAAGAAGCCUGGAGGCUCAAUUUGCAAGGGGACACAGAAACACGGUUGAUGGACAAGGAAAAGCGACUUCGUGAAAGGAGGAAAUCUCUUAUUGUUGUGCAAGAAGAACUACCAGAGAGGCGAAUACCACAGCAAACGAGAAGCGCCUUUUAUGUACCUCUGCCUCAGAAGAGCGACGCCUCAAAAGAAAACCUUCAGCCAAUGGAAGACGUUACAACGGGAGAUGGUCUAGUCUUCGAAAACAGCACAGUGGAUGGGAACGUGUUAAUCAAGGGGAGUUCCACUUCCACACCCGACCUGCUUAUUAAGCGUCGAGAUAUUAAGCUCAGCUUGGCUACUCAGGUCAUGGUAGUUAGUGGUGAUGAUGUGCCUUCCCCGACAGAGCGCCCGCCCGUGCCACCACCCAGGAGGAAGAGAGAUGCCAGGAAGAGGGCCGCACUUUAUCAAAGUAGUGAACGAAGCAGCUGUUCAACACCUGACACUCCUGGCAGUCUUGUUAUUUCAUCUGGCAACACACAAAAUUUGGCUACUUCAACUCCAGUCACUCAUCACAGUUUUGACACCCGAGCUUCUGACACUUCCCGUGGCUCUUCAGGCACUCCUGAGGGUCCCCUAACACCCAGCACACCAAUAACUCCUGACAGUGCCUCAUCCAUUCAGUCCUUCAUAUUGCCUACAUGCAGCCUGACUCCUGUCAGCGAGAGGUCCAAGGCUCUCACUUUGGACAACAGAAGCAAGAGGAAGAGCCGGGAGGUGGAGGGUGGGUCGCAGGUGUACAAGCAACGUAGCACGGAAGAUCUGCUACAGGCUCGGUAUCGGAAUGAGCUUAGGCGAAGUUUCAGCGACCAUGGGGAACUCACCCUGAAGGAUGUGAUGCAUAUGAAGGCACGGAGAACCAGUAGCGACGCUCACGUUAAGGGUGAUAAAGAGACCUCAUCCUUUCGCGACAAGUUAUUUGGCGGGAGCAUGAAAGAGAAGGGUUCCAUGAGUCUGCCCUCCAGGACCUUCCAGCGCAUCAAGAGCGUAAGGAAGACCAGUUCCCGACGUAGGAAGGAGAGCGGCUACAAAUCUGACGGAGAUCAAGGUGUGGUGGCAGGGGUGCAACAUGCAGGUAGAGGGUCGGCACCAUCCUCACCCCAGCUUGCGGCAUCCCGCUCCGCCGAGUCCACACCUUCGAAAUUCAAUAUCUUUUCAAAGUUGAAAGGGAAGACGGGAUCCAAUGUAAAACUUACAGGAAAAAACACCUCAAAAACAGACAAAGCAACCAAAAAUGGAGAUGGUGCACCAGAGAGCAAUGAUGGCAGCUUUUCCUUGGGUCGGUCCCACUCUCAUGAGAACAUCCAAAGCCCCAGCAACCCGCCUGAACAUGACACACACUGCUCUCCUCACUAUGACCGUACAAGAAGUCAGCAGAACCAAGAUGAAACAAGACGAACAGAAAACACACUCAAGAUUUGGAUUAUGGAGGCCAAGGGUAUCCCCAACAAGAAAAAAUACUACUGCAUACUCAAGCUGAAUCUGAAACCCUUGGAUUUUACGUUUCUAAACAGAACUAAACCCCUUCCCUACAAUUAA